AUGGCCGACGCCGAAAUCGUUGUUCAAGCCUUGGGCCGCCUGAGCUUCUUCGGCCAAAUCCAUGAUGCCACCACCGGCAAUCUCGGUCACGCCUCGCUCUUCGACAAGGCCAAGGUCGCCGCUGUCACCGCCUCGACGCCGAGGCCGAGGACCGAGGCCGAGGUCAAGAUGGUCAGGUCAGCCAAAGGGAGGACCCACCUGCUCAACGUCUCAGCCUCUCUCUCCGCCUCCAUCAACUUUCUCGAUACCGACGAGAAGUUUUGGCCAUUUGGCAUAACGGUUAACUGGUCUAUUGUCCAUAUGGGCACACCUCCCCAUAUGUAUUACAAGAUCCGCCAGUAUCCGCAAUUAGUACGGGCACUGCACCUCACAUUCACUUAUAAGGGUUCGGAAAUAGAAUCUCUGGAAAAGAAACGCACCUAG